AUGCCGCCCUUAAAAAGAGAAACAGGUGCUCAAUCGCAUUCAAAUAACGCGUCGUCUAACAAUGCACAAGAGUCAAAGAAAGGACGUAAUGAUACAUCCAAAGGUCAAAAAUCCAUUCUUUCGUUCCUGACAAAAGCUGGGCUACCUACUCCCAGUAAGGACCUUAAUAGCGAGGAUAGCUCUCUUGCUUCUCUAGGCCCUAAAACACCUACUAAGGACACCACCGUAAAAGAGGAUUAUAACGAACGCGAUAAAUUUAUUACACCUCCUAAGGAGAGUGCUGUAAAAGAUGUAUUUGCUGAGCAUGAUAAAAGUUUGCCUGUUGAGGACGAAGAGGGAGAAGAGACUAUGAUUUUCAGACGAAGAAGCUCGCGUCUUGGUGGCAAGCGAAAGAUCCUUAUCGAAUCCGAGGAUGAGGAAAAAACUGAUGCCAAUAAAGAUGACUUUGCCGAAACUCCAAAAAAACUUCCAUUACAGAAAAAGCCAAGAAUAUCAUCUCGAAUUACUCCUCGUGAACUUGAUUACGAUUUAGAAGAAAAUAAUUUGGAAUUGGAAGAGUCGAAUGAAAAGUCAACCAAAAAUGUAUCACAGAAUAAAAACCCGCCAAGUAAAUUGAAGGCAUUCGCUUCAAGUUCUACUUCAAACCGCGGCUCUAGUUUCUCAUCUUCAAUUUUAACUCAAAGUGAAAAGAAAAAGCAAAGAGCCGCCGAUUUUAAGGUAAAAAAUGAAGAACGAUACAGCUGGUUGCUCAAAGUCAAGGAUAACGAAGGAAAUUCAGAAGGAUCACCCAAUUAUGAUCCUCGUACACUCUACAUCCCACCAUCAGCCUGGUCAAAAUUUACUCCUUUCGAAAAACAGUUCUGGGAAAUUAAGUCUGCUCAUUGGGAUACGCUUUAUGAACGUGAUGCCGAUAUUGGUCACACAGAGUUUGAUCUUAAACUUACCGACCGUGUAAAUAUGCGGAUGGUGGGUGUGCCUGAAAUGUCAUUUGAUCAUUGGGCCGCUCAAUUCAUUGCUAAAGGAUACAAGGUUGCAAAAGUAGAUCAAAUGGAAACAGCAUUAGGCAAAGAGAUGCGUGAGAAGGCCGCUAAAUCCAAGGAGGAAAAGGUUAUUCGUCGCGAAUUAACUUCUAUCCUGACGGCUGGUACCCUCGUCGAAGAUGGACUUUUAACCAAUGAUAUGGGAACUUAUUGUCUCUCAAUUAAGGAAGAAAUUACAUCAGAGACCGAGUUACCUGAAUUUGGCGUUUGCUUUGUUGACACAGCAACUGGUGAAUUCAAUCUCGCCUCUUUUAAAGAUGAUAUUAGUCGAACUAAAUUCGAGACUUUGAUAAUGCAAUUAAAGCCACGUGAAAUUGUAUUUGAAAAGGGAAAAUUGAGUCAACGUUCGCAUCGUACUCUUAAAAAUUCAAUACCGAAUUUAAUAUGGAAUGGACUUGCUCCUGAUAAUGAAUUCUGGAAUGCUGAGACAACUCUAUAUGAGAUUAGAAUUGCUGGUUAUUUUUCAAAUAAACAUAAAAUUAAUGAUGAGGAAGUGAAUGAAACUUAUGAAGAGAGUAUGGAAUCGCAUCCUUUAGCAUUAAAAGAAGCUCGAGAAAAACCUUUGAUGAUGUCUGCUUUGGGUGGUCUUUUAUGGUAUUUGCGCUCGCUUAAGCUCGAUUCAGAUUUAGUAUCUCUAGGCAAUUUUCAUAUAUAUGAUCCAAUUCGGCACACAACUUCGCUCAUUCUGGAUGGUCAAACGCUGCUAAAUCUUGAAGUAUUUGAAAAUAAUUUUGAUGGCAGUGAAGAAGGAACUCUUUUCAAAUUAUUAAAUCGGUGUAUUACUCCAUUCGGUAAACGAACUUUCAAACGAUGGCUAUGUCAUCCUUUAAGAAAUGCUAAAGCCAUAAAUGAAAGGCUGGACGCUGUACAAGAAUUGGGAGCCGCGCCAGGAUUUCAAGAUGAAUUUCAUCAAUACUUUAUGCAAUUUCCUGAUCUUGAACGUCUAAUAAGCAGAAUUCAUGCUGGAACUUGUUCCGUUAAAAAUUUUCUUAUUGUUUUGGCGGCUUUUAGAAAGUUAAUGACUGCUUUCGAAGACCUCAAUAAAUAUAUAAAAGAUUUCAAGUCUCAAAAGCUGUUGCAACUAUUUGAGAUUGUUCCCGACCUAAAUUCAAAGCUUGAUUAUUUCAACCGUGCUUUCGAUUGUAAUUUAAUUCCAUAUCCUGGAAUCGAAAACGACUAUGAUAGGAUAAACGAGACUAUUCGAAAAAUUAUCCAGCAAUUGGAUAAUUAUUUAGUAGAAGUAAAAGCAAGAUACAGGUACAGUCCAUCAAAGGUCACAUAUAAACAUAUCGGAAAAGAAAUAUAUCAGCUUGAAAUUCCCCAUAUAUACCGUGUGCCCGAUGAUUGGAAAAAAUUAUCAUCCACAAAGAUUGUAAAUCGUUAUUGGAAUCCAACUCUACAAAAACUUAUCAGAGAACUUCAAGAAGCUCAAGAAACACAAACUGGUAUUCUAAAGUCUUUACGAGGACGAUUUUACGAAAAGUUUGAUGCCCAUUAUCAAGAAUGGUUGGCUGCAGUUAAAGUCGUCUCUGAAAUAGAUUGUCUGUUAAGUUUAACUAAAAGUUCAUUUGCAUUGGGUGAACCUUAUUGUCGUCCCGAGUUUGUUGAGGAAGGACCGAGUUUCUUAAAGUUUGAAGAUUUGAGACAUCCUUGUGUUGUAUCAGGAGUCGCUACCGAUUUUAUUCCUAAUGAUACAUCUUUGGGAGACUGUGAACCUAAUGUAAUUCUUUUGACUGGUCCUAAUAUGGGUGGCAAAUCGACAUUAUUACGCCAAAAUUGUGUUGCGAUUAUAAUGGCUCAGCUUGGUUGCUACGUACCUGCGAGACGAUGUGUAUUGACACCUUUCGACCGAAUCUAUACUCGUAUUGGUGCCAACGACAAUAUUAUGGCGGGUCAAAGCACGUUUAUGGUAGAAUUGACAGAAACAUCAAAAAUCCUUCACGAGGCCACUCCACGCUCAAUGGUCAUUCUUGAUGAAUUAGGUCGUGGAACCUCAACAUUCGAUGGAUACGCGAUUGCUUAUUCUGUUCUUCAUUAUCUCGCCACUCAUAUUGGCUGCCUCGCCUUAUUUUCAACACAUUAUGGUACACUGACUCGAGAAUUCGCAAAGAACCCCAAUAUCGCACUCAAACAUAUGAGCUGCCAAGUAGACCAAGAUCGUAAAGAGGUAACCUUCCUUUACAAACUGGUCUCUGGCGUGUGUCCGAAAUCCUAUGGCAUGAAUGUAGCCAGCAUGGCAGGAGUACCUCGAGUGGUAGUCGAUCGAGCAGAAGAAGUCGCAGCGAAAUUUGAGCAGUCCUCUAGAUUAAACGAUACUUUGACUACAAAGGAAUCUGAUUUACCGGCGACUUUGUAUUCAGAUUUCGCUCACUUGUUUAGAGCAGCGACGAGCGUCGCCUCUUCCAAUGGUGUUGGUGAUCGAGCUUUGGAUAAUCAAACCGAAAUAGACAAAAAACAACGGCAAGCACGAGUGUUAAGUGCGAUUAUUCGUAGAAUUAAGAAUUUAUAA